CGUCUUCGCCCUCGCAGGGCUUUCUGGGAGUCGUAGUUCGGACUCCUGCGAGAGCUCUACCGUCGGGAGGCAGCUUGGAGGUCCGAGGCCGUCUCCCGCCUCUGGCGCUCCGCUCGGAGGAUGGAGCCCGGGCCUGGGCCCGACGCGGCACCGCUGGCUAGCCUGGUGUGGUCGUCGGCCUCGGGGUCUCCGCCGCGGGGAUUCAGCGCGAUCUCUUGCACCGUCGAGGGGGCGCCCGCCAGCUUCGGCAAGAGCUUCGCGCAGAAAUCUGGCUACUUCCUGUGCCUUAGUCCUCUAGGCAGCCUGGAGAACCCUCAGGAGAACGUGGUGGCGGAUAUCCAGAUUGUGGUGGACAAGAGCCCUCUCCCGCUGGGCUUCUCCCCGGUCUGCGACCCCCUGGACUCCAAGGCCUCUGUGUCCAAGAAGAAACGCAUGUGUGUGAAGCUGGUGCCCCUGGGGGCUGCUGACACAGCUGUGUUUGACAUCCGGCUGAGCGGGAAGACCAAGACGGUGCCUGGAUACCUGCGAGUAGGGGACAUGGGUGGCUUUGCCAUCUGGUGCAAGAAGGCCAAGGCCCCGAGGCCAGUGCCCAAGCCCCGAGGGCUCAGCCGGGACAUGCGGGGGCUUUCUCUGGACCCCCCAAGUCAGCCCAGCAAGGGCGGCUUCCCUGAGCGGACGCUGUCAAGGCUGGGCUCUCGGGCGUCCACCCUGAGGAGGAAUGACUCCAUCUAUGAGGCCUCGAGCCUCUAUGGCAUCUCAGCCAUGGAUGGGGUUCCCUUUACCCUGCACCCGCGAUUCGAGGGCAAGAGCUGUGGCCCCCUGGCCUUCUCUGCCUUCGGAGACCUGACCAUCAAGUCUCUGGCGGACAUUGAGGAGGAGUACAACUACGGCUUCGUGGUAGAGAAAACCGCCGCUGCCCGCCUGCCCCCAAGUGUCUCGUAACCCUCUGUCACAUCCGCCGUGGCGUGGCAGUCAUCCCACCGCAGCCCAUCCUAGGAACCUCCACAUCACAGGGCACUUCGGACCUUCAGCUGCCGCCUGGUGGAGCUGCAGCCGUGGAGGAGGGGGCAGGCUGGGGUUGCUUGGUGAUGGCGUCUUAGGGUCUCUGCCCCCGGGCCCUGCAGGGCAGGGGUCGGGGCUGGAUGGAAACCAGUGCCUUCUAGUCAUUCUUCUCAAAACUCUGGGGUGCCUGGAGGUGGCAAGGUUGUCCUCCUGGUAAUAAACACUACCCUGUCCGCAUCUGGA